AUUCUCGCAGCAAUGGAAUAUCGCUCUGUCUCUCCAUCUUCAGACGCAACGAACACACUCUGAUCGCUUGUCUCUUCUGCGGUGCGUCUUUUUUAAUGUGACUCGUGUUUUUCACGUUAGUGCUUGUUGUUUCGUAGUGACGACGGUACGACGUCGAUGACCAUUCUCGCUACUCAACAACCAUUUCUGCGCCAACGUCACGCAAGAUGACUACAUCCUGCUGUCCUCCUGGGCAGGAAUAGAAAACUAGGAGACCACCUUGAGAGUUGGAUCGGAUCCUUGACAGUAGGCACAUCGGCUUCAUGACAAGAGCGGAAAUUCGAGUUGUUCUGCAAAGUCACGACUAGCAAGCGGUAGAAUCCUCCUCAAAAAACCAGCUUAGCCUGAUGGAUUCGAACGCGAGUAGUCCUGUCACGGCAGCAGCAGCGCCGGGCGAGGAAAAGCCAGAAGAACCCGCAUUUGACGAGGGGUUUCUAAACAAAUUCGUGCAGAACCGAGAUGAAGUUGCGAAUCAUGUCCAACUCGGCGAGCAUGCUGAAGACGGCGCUCUCAACUUGGUAAUGGCGUUCUGAGCUUUGUUUGACGUUUUACAUGUGAUUUGACUGUCAGUGCCUAGCCUCGACGAUAUUUUUUGAUGAAACAACUAGCAACAAACAGAAUGAGAAUGCAUUUGGACCGCAGUUAUCUACUUCUGUUCAUGCUCAUUUACAGGGUGGAGACGACAGCGACGAAAGCGAUGCUGAGUCCGACGAAGAUGAGAUUCUCAACAUUGAGAGAAAACUGUGCCUCUUUCAAACACCAACGAUCCAGCUCACAUUAUUGAAAUUCUGGAAAACCCUACUCGCCUCGACGCCGCGUGCAGGCGAAGUGCGAUCGCCUCAAGCAAAUGCAGCGGUCUCAUCGCGCACGAUCGGGAUGGGUAUCUGCUGUUGUUUUAUACUGAAGAAACAUUAGGACGGAAAUCUCUGACACACUUCCUAUUCCUUGAAGAUCAAGUUGUAGCGAGUCCAAAAUUAUACUAGAAAACCAACUUAUGUUUCUACUCCUGACUCUUUCCUCGUCUGCCGCAUUUACCAGAUACCUUUCUCGAGUUCAAUAUCUUGCUGCAACGCGUGCUGUUGCAGGAACAGAAACUGGAUCUGAGUACUGCGCGAGCAUCCGCUGUCACCGAUUGGAUCGAGUCAACUAAUGUGGCAGACGAACCCUCAUCAUCGUGCGGUUCGUCAGCGACGCAAACAGAUGAAAGCUCUGCUGAAUCGAUGAAAGAUGAGCCAUGUAUUGUUCUCAUGAUAUCGAAACUAUGAUUACGUUCAGUAGAAACACUUUUCACUACUUACUAGCGCAUUUCGAUUCUCCUCGGCAAUAGACGGAGAACAAAUACCGGAAGCUCAUAGAUUUCACAUGAAGAUUACAGUUUUUGGGUGUCGCCAAGAAAUUCACAAAGCAUACCUUUCCAUCACCGCAGGUGGCUCUAGCAUUCCGAUUGCUGAACGGCGGAUGCGUCUCGAUCAAUUUGCGCUCUUUUUGUUCGAUCUGACUGUGAUAUGGUGUCACUUGAGCUAUUCAUCUUUCCUUUUCUUCCUUGGAGUGGUUUUCCUCCACACAACGCGGUCUGAGGGUUUGACCACGAAGGAAUUUCGCUUGCGCGACGUGGACUCUGUAAAACCACUUCCGCCGCUCUUUUUUGAGCUAGCUGCCGACGAUUUUGAGUUCGUGGCGCCACCAACUGCUCCAGCCGACGGCGCGAAUACGCCACUAAGCACAAGCACGAGCAGAGUACUGGAACCAGCAUCGCCAUGGGCGGGCACUUCUCCACGGGGGGCUGACGCGUCUACGCUACCAGCGUUGGCUUCGACUACAUCCACUUCGUUUUUACGAGGCGGAAGACCCGGUGGCGCGUACCCCACGCAGUCCGCCAAACGCACGGGCGGGAGUCGGUCUCCUUCGAAGCCAGCAGCCCGUGCUGCUCCGCCAUCGACGAGACCAGGACAGCGGAGCGUGGGACCAACAGGAGCUUUUCCGUCCUCGUCUUCGACGUCUGCUGCGGCCAUGGCAGCUGCCGACCAGCUGUACCAGACGAGUCGUUCACACCAGGAGUCGCAUCACUCAUCGUCAGUGGACAGGCUGGCUGGAAGACCCGGGAUGUCUCCGUCAAAAGUUCUGGACGAUGAAGACGACGAGGGAAAGCAAUUCGAGAAGUGGUACCGUGUGAACUUCGAGACCGAGGCAGAAACUUUGCUUUUCGUUCAACGGCAGAUGUUCGAGGUCACGCGCGAUAUGCGAGCUGUCUUCUUGUUCCCGGCGCAGAAGGUGUCCAAUAGGGACCGCAUUCUGCAGCUGCUAGAAGCCGCCAAGAGACUGCAGGGCGAUCUGAGCAAGGUAACGCCGAUCAAAGCAUCAGCACUUUUGAGCACAGUUGAGCGACGCAAAGGAAGUCUCAGUCCUCUCAGACAGUUGAAUGCGAGUUCAAGCAAGGCGGCGCACUCGCUUUCUCCUAGUAUGGGUUUGGGUUUGGUAGGGGCUGGCGGCGCGUCCUCGUCAACUGCUAUUCCAGACCUGGCUAGGAGCACCGAGCAGCACCAGCAGCGGCCUUCUUAUGGAUUAGGUCGCGGCGGUGCGGCAGGAAGUGUCCUUGUUUGCGGGCACGCAGGCCAGGCCGGUCCUAUCGGGCGACAGUUGCAUCCAGUACUGCCUAGAAGUUUGCGAGGCGCCCGCGGCAGCCUCGACCAUCACCCAAUCUUUGAGCAGACCGAGGACGGGGGCAUGUACUUCAAGCAGAAGCGCAAACGGCCCGACAAAUAUCUGGUUGUCGGCAAAUUAGACGCAUUCCGGUCCCGCGGUCGAGGCAACCUCAAUCGGAACAUGCUGAACACGAGCAGAAGCGCUGCACACGGCUUCAGCAUGACGACGAUGCAAGGCGGCGCUAGAGCAACAAAUAGAGACUCGCUGUUCGAAACGGAGGGACUCGGAUGGCGCCACGCCGUGAGACAGGGACAGGCACCCAACGAUCUUCCAUGCGGCAUUCCACAGCGCAUUGGGUCCCCGCAGUAUCGUUCACCGGAACGCUUCCUCCAGUCAGCGCAGACUUCCAGUUAUCAGGAACCAGGAGAGAAAUCGGCAUCUCGACAAAGCUCUCUGUCGCCACGAACCAGUACGGGAGGUGGUGCCCGACGACAGCCAGGAGUUACCAGUCACGCUUCCCGGGACGGUGUUGAGGCCGCCUGUAGUCGUAAUACUGUCGGUGCCUCGACGUUAGGAAACUCGCCAAGAGACGUGAGGCCGCCACGAACCGUCGGUGACCUAGCUUCACAGCUGGACAACCUAGACGACGCCGACUGGGAAAGAAGUCGCGAGUUCAUCACCCGUUUCGAGGCGUACUUGAAGGAGCAAAAUGCGAUUGACGAGCAGUUGCCAGCAUACGACUUGCCGAUUCGCAUUCCUGAAGUACUUUUUUUUACGUUUCGGAAACGAACAUGCCACCUUUUUUCUGAAAUCAAAGUAUUCCCAGAUAUUGUCGCUUACGCUCGUACGGUUGCCAGAGUGCUAUGCUCUCCAUUUCUAGUGUCUUCGCAUCGAUCUGCUCGUUUCACCUUGUUUUCAGGUUUACAGCAACCAGCUGAAACCCUGGCUGGCAACGCAAGCGAAUGACAUUUUGUAUUGGGUUCGUGGACAGGAGGAGACUAUAAUGGAGAAGACGAGAAAGUUCCAGUCUAUCAAAGGGUUACCCGGUCCAAUGGCGACGCCCACAGCACAAGUCUGGCAAGACAUGAGAUCCCGUCUCGCAAGAAUACUCUUUCGCGGUAACCAGCGAGCCGAUAAACGCACGAAGCGCAAAGCGAAUAGGAGGAGAAGACGCGCUAGAGCCACCCCUGGUCAGAGCGGCACGACGGGGACUACUGCCGCGACAGGUACUGAGUGACACAUGUGAUAGCAUUACCUACUUCAUCUUGAUUCGUGACGAGUCAUCGUGGUUUCUGUUUUUGAGUAUCAGUUUACCUUUACUCCAGCGACAUCAAAGUUGAUUUGAGGCAUAUAAUUGUUGAAUCCGCGUCGACUGCGAGAUAGCUACCCCCGCCUGUAAGGAUCGAUAUCAAUAUCUUUCAAGCGACCGCCUUUAUUUUUGCAAACAAAAACUAGGUCUGAGCCAGUCGCUACCUGGUCGAGAGUUUGCGUCUUUUAUGGGAAGCAAACUGGAAGGAGCGCGCUACCGACUCAGCGAGAAUGAUGCUGAGCUCCAGAGUACACAGCUACCAACGUCGACGGAAGGUUUGCCGAAAGUCUUCUGGGCAAAGCCGCAAUAACUGAAAACUUGUAUCUCUAGAAAAGGUAUAAUUACGUGCUGCUUCUAUAUCUCUCUGAUCAAAAGGAUACCAAACGUUGAAUAACCAACAUGUACUGUCUUUUCUCUCUGAUUCACCUAGUAGUUCGACUGACCUCUGAUCAAUCUGAUACUUUCACUUACGUCGAUAGACGCACUUGUCUGCUACAAUAUAAACUACCAAAGUAGUAGAACGCCAACCGAUGCUGCGACGGCGCUGUUUCGACUUAACAAGUUUUGACUUUCACAACGACACUUGCAACAUCGCAUUGCAAGCUCGAUGCGUUCUUACUUCCACUACUUUCAAGCGAGAGCGACACCGACACCAAUCUAGCAAGGAAGCUUGAUCCCUAU